ACUUGUUUGUUUACAAUAUGGCGGCCGAAUCUUUGCGAGACAUUGGUUUAUAUUUUGAUGAUUUGAAUAAAAUUCGAGUAUUGGAUCCUGAUGCCUCUCAGAAAACAAACGCAUUGAAAGAAGAGUGUAAAGAUUAUGUGAACAAAAUUUCCGAGUUUCAGACAGUCGUUGACGGUUUUCUUCAAAUAUCCGACUCAUUAGCAGCUGAAGUAGAAAAAGAAAAACUAAAAGCCAUUGGUUCUAGAAACCUCUUAAAAUCGAUAACAAAACAAAGAGAAGCCCAACAACAGCAACUACAAGCCUUAAUAAUUGAGAAAAAAUUGCAGCUAGAAAGGUUAAAAGUUCAGCAUGAAUCUUUAAAGAAAGAAGAAAUGGAACAAAAUGAACUUAUAGAGCAUUUUCUGCUUCAAAAAUAAAUUCAGCAAAAUUUUUAUCAUGAAAGUGAAAAAAGUAUUUCUCAGAAUUUUCUAUUUACAAAAUCUUGUUAUAAGUGAUAUUUUUAUGUUGAAAAAAAGCAAAUAGUUUAAUGAAACAAAAAGUUGUUUCUUUAAUUUGUAGUGAAAUUAUGGUAAAGAAAGUAUAGGGAGUGCACACUUUGGUCAGAUUCCUCGCACAUAGGUUUGCUUCUAACUAAAGAAUUGUACUAUUUAUGAAGGACUCCUUCCACUGCUUUUUAUGAAAACAAUGUUAAUGCUAAUUACACCUGCACUGAACUAAAGUCCGUGGUGCAACAACUCGUGGAGGCCAAGGCCUACUGGGCCCAUCUCAGUUUACGAGACCAAAGACUCUGGGUUGCAAGGUGGAUGAUGCGGCUUGGUGGUCAGCUGGACGUGGAUCACUAGCACUAUUAUGCAAUUUUUGCAAGUAUGAAAAGUUUUUUUUGUUCAAUUUUCUGAUUGAUAUCAAAGUGUAGGCACUAUGUUUUCACGCUUUGGCGAUGUAAAUAAAAGCAAUAAAAGAAAUUCAUAUUCUUUAGUAUAGAUGGAAAUGAUUGCAUCUGCUUUGUUUAUGAAUAGUUUUAAAUUCAUUUUUUUCUGAUUAAUUCAACCUUCCAAUAAAUUAUAUAUUGUUUUCAAAAUGUUUAUUUAAUACUUUCCUGAUGUUAUAGAUUGAGAAAGGUGUCAUCUACCUAGCACUUAAAAAAUGCCAUUUUAAAGUUUAAAUUAAGAUUUUUUUUAACCUAACAAAAUAAUUAAAAAAAAAAAAAAAAACAACAUGCCACUGCUGUUUUGGCCACCAAGAUCCCCAGCUCACUUCUUUUCAUGGAACUUGUUAAAGACAAAGUGUUCGAGCCUCUAUUUAUCCAGGACUUACUCUUUUGAGUUCUCAGGAAAUGGAAGCAACACCCUGAAGUAACAGGCAACUGGAAUGCUUGAUCAUUGAAAAAAUACAGUAAAACUCCUCUAAUGCGGACACUAACAGGAUAAAAUUUUUUGUCUGCAACAGAGAGGUGUCCGCAGGACUGGGGUUUAAGAAUCAUUUACAUUGAAAUCAGGGAAUUAAAAAUUGUCCACAUAAGAGGGGGGUCUGCAUUUGAGGGGUGUCUGUUAGGAGGGGUUUUACUGUAUAUUCUAUCACAAUUGCAGCAAGAACUAGAAUAUACUGCGCAGAUAUAUGUCAUGCAUUUGGGAGGGCUGCUAAAUUGGCUGUAAGCUUGAUUUAUUAAAAUAAAAUAAU